ACGACAACAUGGCGGCCUCCUUACGUCUGGGUCGUCAAGGGAUUUUAUUUGGCCUUAAAUUAUCUCAUUUUAAUAAAUGUCUUUGGGCAACUCAACCGUGGCAGGAGCAUGUCAGACACUUCUUUCGGUCUCCGUGGAUCCUCGGUGUCAGCCCACUCAAGGUGCAAAUGCCCGCUCUUUCCCCCACCAUGGAGGAGGGAAACAUAGUCAAAUGGCUGAAGAAGGAAGGUGAGGCAGUGGCAGCUGGUGAUGCCCUUUGUGAGAUUGAGACUGACAAGGCUGUUGUUACCAUGGAAUCUAAUGAUGAUGGUAUCAUGGCGAAGAUAUUGAUGGAGGAGGGAAGUCGCAACGUUCGCCUGGGCACUCUCAUUGCCCUCAUGGUGGAGGAAGGGCAGGACUGGAAGCAGGUUGAGAUCCCCCCUCCAGAUGCUGCAGCUCCAUCUGCAGCUCCACCGGCUGCAGAUGCAGCCGCUGCUCCAGUUGUGCCCCCUGCUGCUCCCUCCCUGGCUCAGCCCCCAAAACCAGUCACAUCAGGACCGUUACGUCUGAGUCCAGCAGCAAGGCAUAUCCUGGACACCCAUGGUGUCGACCCCAAACUGGCCACACCCACUGGACCAAGAGGACUUAUCACCAAGGAAGAUGCAUUGAAUCUCUUGAAGAUGUCUCCUGCCCCUAAAGCAGCCCCAGCCAUGGCUGCCCCAGCCGCCCCAAGUCCUGUCCCCACCCCAUUAGCUGCUCCUCCACCACCAGGCAGCAGACCCAACAUACCUCCCCUCUCUGUACCAGGGAAACCAGGAGCACCGGGCACUUUCACAGAGAUCCCGGCCACAAACGUCCGCCGUGUGAUUGCUCAGAGACUAACGCAAUCGAAGACCACCAUCCCCCAUGCAUAUGCCUCAGUCGACUGCGACAUGGCUGCCGUCAUGAACCUACGCAAAAACUUGGCCAAUGAACAAAUCAAAGUAUCAGUUAAUGAUUUCAUUAUCAAGGCAGCUGCUGUUACACUUAAAGAAAUGCCAGAAGUGAAUGUGACCUGGUCUGGUGAUGGACCCCGUGCACUGGAUUCGGUCCACAUUUCAAUCGCUGUGGCUACUGACAAAGGCCUCAUUACCCCCAUCAUCAAGGAUGCUGCAAACAAAGGAGUCCAGGAGAUCUCAGCUAAUGCUAAGGCACUGGCCCAGAAGGCUCGAGAUGGGAAACUUCUACCUGAAGAGUACCAGGGAGGCUCAUUCAGUAUAUCCAACCUGGGGAUGUUCGGUAUCAGCGGCUUCAGCGCCGUGAUAAACCCUCCUCAGGCGUGUAUCCUUGCCGUCGGGACCUCCAGGGCCGAGCUGCGACUGUGCGAGGAUGACCAGACCCUGCGCACCCAGCAGCUGAUGACAGUUACGCUGUCAAGUGACGGCCGACUUGUGGAUGAUGAAUUAGCCUCACGAUUUUUAGAUAAAUUCCGCGCCAACCUAGAACAACCACAGCGCAUGGCCCUAGCCUGAAAAAACAAAAGCAGGAUAGCUGUAUGAAAGUGAUUAGAAGGAAAAAGCAAGAAACACCUGCAUGACAAAGCCUGUCGUGGGCUUUCACAAGCAGAGAGCUCUUAAAAAGCUGAUUCCUGGUCGCGCUUGGAUUAUGGUUUACACAUACUAUAAACUUGUGUGUGGCUCACUUCUGACAGAUAAUCCCCAGGCUUUGUGAUGGAGGAGUUUAACUGGGCUUCUGCUAGAGUAGUAGAGGAGUCUAGCAGUGGUGCCAAAUAUUACCAAGAGAGAAUAGCACGUGAAUCCUACAUACUGUAAUAGGGGUGGUUUUUCUGUGCUACACCUCCGUUGUGUAUAUAUAGUUCUGUUUUUCAGUCCCAGUGCAUCUUCUCUAUGUCACUAUAAAACACAUGCAUGGGAUGCUGUAAAAAAACAAAAAUAUUUAUCACUGAACAUCAGUGGCAAUGCAGUUUCCGAUCAGGGUAAACCCACAUGAACCACUUCCUGUUACAAAAUUCACAGAAUUGAGCAAGGUAAUUAAUUAUCUGUAUUAAUUAAUCUAACUUAUUUAAAACAGAUGAUGCAACAUCCCUGAAAACCAAUCUUCCAAGUCCAUGUGUAUACAAAAUACAUACACUAAUCAUUUAGGUUUUGGUGUCCUCAGAUGCCAAUAAAACACACUGUUCAACUUUGAAA